CCCUCCGCCGCCCGCCGCCCCGCAGGACGACGCUCCGAACCGCCGCAGACCCGCAGAACAGACCCGAACCUCCGCAAACAUGAGCCGCAAAUUCUUCGUGGGAGGAAACUGGAAGAUGAACGGAGACAAGAAGAGUCUCACGGAGCUGAUCCAGACCAUGAACGGGGCCAAGACGGACCCCAACGUCGAGGUGGUCUGCGGCGCUCCAUCCAUCUACCUGGACUUUGCCAGAUCCAAACUGGACGCCAAGUUCGGCGUCGCAGCUCAGAACUGCUACAAAGUCCCUAAAGGUGCCUUCACCGGGGAGAUCAGCCCUGCGAUGAUCAAGGACUGUGGAGUGAACUGGGUGAUUCUGGGUCACUCAGAGAGACGCCACGUGUUCGGAGAGAGCGACGAGCUGAUUGGCCAGAAGACGGCCCACGCCCUGGAGAACGGUCUGGGCGUCAUCGCCUGCAUUGGAGAGAAGCUGGACGAGAGGGAGGGAGGCAUCACGGAGAAGGUGGUGUUCGCUCAGACCAAAGUCAUUGCAGACAACGUCAAGGACUGGAGCAAAGUGGUGCUUGCUUACGAACCCGUCUGGGCCAUCGGCACCGGCAAGACCGCCUCCCCCCAGCAGGCUCAGGAGGUUCAUGAGAAGCUCAGGGAAUGGCUGAAGACCAACGUGUCCGAGAGCGUCGCCAACUCUGUGAGGAUCAUCUACGGAGGUUCCGUCACCGGUGCUACCUGUAAAGAACUCGCCUCCCAGAAGGACGUAGAUGGUUUCCUGGUAGGCGGAGCCUCCCUGAAGCCGGAGUUCAUCGAGAUCAUCAACGCCAAGGUGUAAGGAGGCGGAGCUGCCGUGGGAGCCAAUCAGAGGCCAGACCAUCAUCACUCAGCCCCUUAGCACCUCCCAUUUCACCAGAGUCUUUGUGUCGUUCUUUAUUUUCUGUAUGUUGUCAUGAAUAAAGGACAGACGGACACCUGCACUGAUCACCUGAGAACGCUCACCUGUUGGGUUCCACCUGAGAACACUCACCUGUUGGGUUCCACCUGAGAACCACAACCCGUUCGCUUCCACCUGUCUGUUCUCCUGCAGGUGGACUCAGACUUUACUUGAACACUUUCCCAGUUUUUCGUGCGAAUCUGUCGCAGUUUUGUUCUCCUUGUGGUCUUGAUGUUCUGUAGAUGCAUGAUCCGCUCGCUGUCGGCUGAUUGGCCGAGAGCGGAGCGUCACUUCCUGUUCAUCGCUGUGUUGUGGCCGACGGUGGCGGGAAGAAGCUGUAAAGGAACCAUGAUGAUAAUAAACGGUAGCAGAGACAGA